AUGUCCCUCAGACUAGGACAGGUGCCUGCCGUUGUUGUCUCUUCCCCUGAAGCUGCUGAGCUUUUACUCAAGACGCACGACGUCGUUUUUGCCAGCCGCCCAAGGACUCAAGCAUCGGAGUUCCUUUCUUAUGGCUCCAAGGGAAUCGCUUUCGCUGAAUAUGGCCCUUACUGGUGCGACAUGAGGAAGCUCCGUACUUUGCAGCUUUUUAGUGUGUCGAGAGUGGAGAUGUUUCGUCCCAUGAGAAGGGAGGAGUUGAGAGAGGCGGUGAAGUCGAUAAAGGAAUCGGCGGCGGCGCGUGAUGUGGUAGAUGAUUCUCACGACGAUGAACAAAAUCCAGUCAAAGAUCAAACCAAUAUCAAGGCCAUACUUUUGGACUUGCUUUCUGGUGCAAUAGACACUUCUGUCACUGUUAGUCUCUGGGUUUUCUCAGAACUCUUGAAGAAUCCCAGAGUAAUGAAAAAACUCCAACAUGAGCUGGAAAACCUAGUAGGAAAAAGCAAUUUGGUUGCCGAGGUUGACUUACUUGGACAUGGUGGUCAAAGAGACUUUGAGACUACAUCCUGUUGCGCCAUUGCUGCUCCCUCGAGCCAGCACCGAGGAUAUAACUAUCAAUGGAUAUUAUAUAAGGAACAAGUCACGAGUGAUUGUGAAUGUGUGGGCAAUAGGACGGGAUCCUAA